AUGUCGUCACAAACCCUCACCCGCCAGGGCACCAGAAGCGAUCUCAAGUGGCAGGAAAAGGUGUCAAAGCGGCGAACCGAACGGCAGCUGCCGAUCGGGCACGGCGAGUACACGGUGCUCUACCCGCCGGGCCUCGCAAAGAUGGCGCUCGGCUUGGCAGAGAACCUCGGCGACAAUCUGCCGGUGCUGUGCACCGACGACAUCUUCAGCGGCGGCUCGAUCGACGAGACGGGCCUCGCAUGGGAGCGCUUCCCGUCGGGCGACCCAAACAUCAAGCUGCGCGUCGACCUGAUCCGCGACCGGCACGUGGUGCUGCUGAUGAACCACGACACGAUCUUCCUGUUCGAGCAGCUCGCGGUCAUCCUCUUCCUCCAGCGGUUCAACGAGGACCCUCGCCGCGCCUUCAUCGUCUUCCCGGACCACGGCGCCCACCGCCGCUUCUACCAGAUGGUGCACCGCUGCAUCCCCGGCAUCCAGUACGAAAACAUCCUCUGGAUCGACAAGACGCGAGUCGGCACCUUUGUCCUCCUGGCCGACGACUUCACCAACUCUGGCUCGACGCUCUUCGGAGGCGCAGAGGUGAUCCGCACGCAUGCCGACGGCGCAAUCAAGGUUUGCGCGUACGUCUCGCACUACGUCGCAAAGUACGACCGCGCCACCGUCUCAAAGUUCGUCGACAAGCUCUACGCCGGGGGCGCUCUCGACGAGUUCCACUUCUCCACGACGAGGCCAAGGUUCGUUCCCAAAGUGAGAACUAGCACUGCCUUGGCCCCGCUGCUGCUCAGACUUUGCACGGCCUCCCGGAUCGACUCUUCGCGGGUCGAUUCAUCUUCGGAGAACUCUUUGCUGACGAACGUCAACCCGAGGCUCCGGCACUCUGCUUUUGCUGCUUCCUCGCAGGCGCGGCCGUACGCGGUCCGCGCAUAG